AUGGCCCCCCCAGGGACCCUCGGCCUGGUCCUGCUGCUGCUGCUCGCCCCAGGAUUGGCCGCGGCGCAGUCAGGGCCUGGACCAAUCACGGCGCUCGUUGUUGGUGACGUCAUCCUGACGCUCUUGAUUGCGGGCGGAGCCUAUUGGCUGGCAUGGCGGAGCCACAGAGCCCCGCCCAAGCCCCGCCCACUGGAGCCGGAGUCGCACUACCAGGAGCUGCAGGGCGCGCGCGGGGACAUCUACAGCGAGCUCAAGCGCUGA